AUGGCGGAAGUGAACAAUAGACCAGUUUUCAAAAUGAACAAUGAUUUCUGGAAUCAGGCAAGAGGACCCCCUCAGAAUAUGCCCCAGAACCUGUCAAAUUCCAAUCAGAAUUCCCCAAUACCAGGAUCAACCAACUCCAUACCUGCUCAUUCUCCAAGCCAACAGAGUAACAGCAGUCAAAUACACCAGGUCGUCACACCUGGAGCUCUAGCACUUCAGCAGGCCAACCAGAAUACGCAGCAACAAGGCCCAAACAACCAACAGGCUCAUACACAACAGCAGCAGCAGCAGCAACAGCAGCAGCAGCAGCAACACCAACAGCAGCAGCAGCAGAACUCGCAACAGCAACAGCAAAAUCAAAACCAGCCGGCGAAUCCAUCACAGCAACAGAUGAACCAGCAGCAGAUGAGCCAACAGCAGCCGCAAAAUAAUGGCCAGAAUCAGCAGCAAGGGCAGCAACCGCAACAUUCGCCGCAUAUGGGAAGUCCAAAUUCCCAUGUGCAGUCUAAUCAUGCGCAUGCGCUUGCUCAGGUGGCUCAGCAACAACAGCAGAUGGUGAACAUGCAUCAGCAGCUGAGCAGUGGACAGAACUCACCCGAUAAGUUGAUGACUGAGAAGAUUGUUAACGAAUUACAGGUAGGUUUUUUGAGUGUUUCUUAUUUGCAUGCAAAGAUCUGA